GGCUGCUGAGGGCCGGCGGGUGCCGCUCCGCCGCCGCCACGGGCACCCCGCGAUGCUUCUGCCUCGGCGCCGAGCCCGGCGCGGUUCUCGUGGGCUCCCAGUACGGGCUGGUGGAACUGCGCGCCGGCGGGGACUCGGUGUCAAGAGAAAUUUCCCUGACUGUGGAUGGGUUCUUGCCUGAGGACGGAAGUGGCUGCAUCGUGGGUGUUGAAGAUCUUCCAGAGCAGGAGAGUGUGUGUGUUGCUACAGCAGCUGGAGACAUCCUACUGUGCAAUCUGAGCACAGAGCAGGUGGAAUGUGUUGGAAGUGUGGACAGCGGUCUGAGUGUGAUGAGCUGGAGUCCUGACCAAGAGCUCGUUUUGCUUGCAACAGGUCAGCAGACUCUCAUCAUGAUGACAAGGGAUUUUGAACCAAUUUCUGAGAAGCAAAUCCACCAAGAUGAGUUUGGAGAAGGAAAGUUUGUUGCUCUUGGAUGGGGUAAAAAGGAGACACAGUUCCAUGGAUCAGAAGGGAAACAGGCAGCACAUCGCAAGCAGACGGAAGUGCUACCAGCAUCAGCCUGGGAUGAUGGCAGGCCUCGGGUGACGUGGAGAGGAGAUGGGCAGUUUGUUGCAGUGAGUGCUGUCUGUCCAGAGACAGGUGCUCGGAAGGUCCGGGUAUGGAGCAGAGAGCUUGUGCUGCAGUCAACAAGUGAGCCUAUCUCAGGAUUAGAACAAGCACUGUCCUGGAAGCCCUCAGGAAACCUGAUAGCAUCUACACAAGAAAAACCCAACAGACAUGAUGUGGUUUUUUUGGAAAAGAAUGGACUUCUUCAUGGAGAGUUCACCCUCCCUUUCCAGAAAGGGCAGGUCAAGGUUAACGAAAUGCUUUGGAAUGCAGAUUCUACAAUCCUGGCUCUAUGGCUGGAAGACCUGAAGGUGGAAAACUCCAAUCCAAACACUUAUGUUCAGCUGUGGACCACAGGGAACUAUCACUGGUACCUAAAGCAAAGUCUACACUUUGGUAGCUUGGAGGAAAAUCAGUUGGUGUCACUGCUAUGGGACCGAGAGAACCUGUAUAGACUACAUAUACUCUGCCAGGGCUGGCAUUACCUCUUCUACGACUGGCACUGGACCACAGACCAUGGGCUGGGGGAGAAUAGUCAACAUAUGGCAAAUGUGGCUGUCAUAGAUGGAGAUAAAGUGCUUGUCACAGCGUUCCAGCAUGCUGUGGUGCCUCCACCCAUGUGUACCUAUGAGCUCCAGCUCCAACAGGCAGUUAAUCAGGUUGCCUUUCACACAGAUCCCAAACAUAGUGGGGACAUGGCUAUCCUGGAUGCUGAUAACAGGAUCUCUUUGUACAGAUAUGGACAGAGUACAGGGAAUGACCCUUCUGUCAAGUUUGGAGCUGUGGGAGGAAAUGGCUUUAAAGCAACUGUAGAAACACCAUACCUGGAUAAAACCUACAGAGUUGAUGUGAGCAGCAGCAGCAAUGAAGUGAUGAAUCCUCUGGGGCUCCGAUUUCUCACCUGGCUGCCAGAUGACAGCUUCCUGGUUGUUGGUGAAGGUCAGCAUGCUGCUCAGUCUGUCCUUCACCAUCUGACUGCAGUGCCUCCUGUGGCUGGAGCUGAAGAAGAGUGCCUGAAUUUACGGUUGUCAGUGCCUGUAGAUGGAGAAGUGAUCAGCCUGUACUGCAGCCCAGUGACCAGAACUGUAGCUCUGCAGCUGACUGAUAGGCGGAUCCUAAAAUACCUGUGGGAGGCUUCUACUCCAGUCCUUGAGCCUUGGCGGAGUAGCGGCAGCUCUGCUGUUCAGUUCCCCUACCGUUGUGUGCAGACUUCCAUCACAAGGAUCGGUGGUGAAGAGGUGAUCUUGGGCCUCACGGAUCGAUGCCGGUUUUUUGUUAAUGAUAUUGAGGUUGCUUCUAACAUCACAUCAUUUGCAACAUACAAUGAGUUUUUGUUGGUGACAACCAACUCACACACCUGUCAGUGCUUCUGCUUGAAGAACUUGUCAGUGAAGGCCCUCCAGGCCAGCCUGAGCAGCGCUGCUGCCCCCAGCAGUGAGACUGUGCGCAAGGUGGAGCGGGGCUCACGUAUCGUCACCGUCGUUCCCCAGGACACAAAGGUGGUGCUGCAGAUGCCAAGAGGAAAUCUGGAGACUAUUCACCACCGUGCUCUGGUUCUUGCCCAGAUUCAGAAGUGGCUAGACAGGCUUAUGUUCAGGGAAGCUUUUCAGUGUAUGAGGAAGCUCCGAAUCAACCUCAAUCUUCUCUACGACCACAAUCCCAAGGCAUUUCUGGAAAACACAGAAACCUUUAUCAGGCAAAUAGAUUCUGUGAACUAUAUCAACUUGUUUUUCACAGAACUGAAAGAUGAAGAUUUCACUAAGAGUAUGUACCCAUCUCUGAGCGGCAGCAGUAACAGCCAGCCACUCCAGCAUCCUGAUCAGAAAAAAGUAAACCUCAUCUGUGAUGUGAUGAGAGUUGCCAUGGAGCACAUUGACCCUCAAAAAUACUGCCUGUCAAUACUGACAGCACAUGUGAAAAAAAGUCCUCCAGAACUGGAAAUUGCUCUCCAGAAGGUUCACGAUCUUCGAGAAAGCAUUACGCCAGAUGUCCAAGCUGUGAGUGCAGAAGAAGCACUAAAGUACCUGCUUUUCCUUGUGGAUGUCAAUGAAUUGUAUGAUUAUUCCUUGGGGACGUAUGAUUUUGAUUUAGUCGUCAUGGUGGCAGAAAAGUCUCAAAAGGACCCAAAAGAAUACUUGCCCUUCUUAAAUGCCCUCCGGAAGAUGGAAACCAAUUAUCAGCGAUAUACAAUAGACAGACACUUGAAGAGAUACACAAAAGCUCUUGGCCACCUCAGCAAAUGUGGUCCUGAACACUUCUCUGAAUUUCUGAACUUGGUGAAGGAUCAGAAUCUGUAUUCGGAGGCUUUGAAGCUGUACCCCUCUAGCACUCAGGAGUACAAGGAUAUCAGUGAUGCAUAUGGGGAGUACUUGAUUCAGAAGCAGCUGUAUGAACAGGCUGCAUUGAUAUUUGCUCGUGCUGGCAUCUUUGCAAAAGCACUUGAUGCUUUUCAGAGCAGUGGCAGCUGGCAACAAGCCCUGUGCAUGGCAUCACAGCUUGGUUACACAAAGGAUAAGCUGUCCAGCCUGGCACAGAGCAUGGCAGGAAAACUAGUUGAACAGAGAAAGUAUGCAGAGGCAGCCAUACUCCUGGAGCAGUACACUCAGGACUAUGAAGAGGCUGUUCUCCUGCUCUUAGAAGGGGCUCUUUGGGAAGAGGCUUUGAGACUGAUUCACAAGUAUGGUAGGCUGGAUAUAUUGGAAACCAACUUGAAACCUGCUAUUUUGGAAGCUCAGAAAAGUCAGCUGAUCUUCCUAGAUUCCCAGAAAACAGCAUUUCUUCGCCAUAAGAGUCGCCUGCAAGUGGUGCGAGAGCUGAAGGAGAAGGCCUGUGAGAACCUGCAGGAUUAUGAAGUGCCAAAUUGCCCGGAAUUGGAGCUUUUUUCUGAAACCAGCAGUGUUAUGACAGCCAGUGACAUGAACAGCAAAUAUACACACAGCAAUUCAAGAAUAUCAGCGCGAUCCUCAAAGAACCGACGCAAGGCAGAGCGUAAGAGAUACAGCCUGAAGGAGGGGAGUCCUUUUGAAGAUAUUGCCCUUCUGGAAGUCCUGGGAGAGAGUGUUCGUGCUGUUGAGGCUGUGAAAGGAGAGAUACACAUCCUUCUGAAGCAGCUUGUGCUCUUUGGUUAUGAUGAGCAAGCUGGGGCACUGCAGCAAGUCCUGGAAGAGGUUUUGCAGUUGAUGGAGACCUCGGUCCCAGAAAUCUGGACUCCAGACCUGCAACAGAGCUCUGUCAGCCUGGUCCUGGGACCCAAUUCAACUGCAAACAGCAUUAUGGCUGCUUAUCAGCAAAAGAGGAUGAUGCCUCCUGUUGUACAAGAUCCAGAAGUACUGACUCCACCAAAAUUCAAUAAAAAUGUGCAAUGGAAGCUGCAUCUUCUCCAGUAACCAGAAGCCAAGGAAUCUCUGUGGACUCCGAACUCUAACUUUUCAUAUAAUUUCAUUAUAUCUUUGCAGAAGGCGUUGCUGUUCUGGUAUUUCUGAUACACUGUUCCUAGGGCUGUGGAAGUGAAGGGUCCCUCCACCUGGUGCAGAGGUGGCUUGUGAGGCUGGGGAGCAAAAGGAUAUGCAGCUCUGACAGCUCCUACCACUGUUCCCCCUUCUGGAUGAAGCAAUCCCACCAGUGUUGGAUGGGUUAUCUUCACUGCCAUCCCUACCUCCCAGAGUUGAUAUCUGCUAUGAUAACAGGCCACAUUUUAAGCACUUCAGCCUGCUUUAGAGAACUCACCUGCAAGACUGUACCAAUAGCAAAUUCCUGCAGUUGCCAAACAAAUUUUGUGUCUUUUCUGCUGAAGCUGGGUGUUGCUGAUACCAGAUUUUCAUUAUUGCUUUGUUAUAUCAGAGUGAAUGCUGCAGUGCCAACAGCCAUUGUAUUGAAACUGGGCCUGAUCACACCAGGGUGUCUUGGACAGAGGAAAACACGAAUAAAAACAGGACAGUGGUGUUGGUGUUUCACUCUGCUGGGUAAUACUACCCUAAUUAUCUGACAUCAAAGAAGAUAAAGUAAUGGUGCUUUAUGGCACUGACCGAUCAGCCGCUGUAUCCUGAUAAUAGUGCAAUAGUGCACAGCAUUAUUGCAGAACUGUGUCAUCUGGAAACUGAUCUUGUACUGAGAAUUAGGUUUUACCUCAGAAUACUGUCAUCUGAUGCAAGAAAUAACAGCAGUAGUUCUGGGAGCAGAGGAAGGAGAUGAAACUGGAAGCCCUCUCAGUGGCAGCAUCCCCUUCUUGGUUAAUUUUGGCCUGGCAUUUGUAGUGUUCAGGCCAUUUCCAUUGGGUUCUGCAGAAAAACACCUUACAGACAAGGUGCUUGCUGUCUGUUGGAGUCGUUUAAUGGCACAGCUGUGUUCUGACUGCACAGCCGUGAGCAUGUGCAGUGCUGCAGGUAACUUCUUGUGUGGCAAGAACUCCAUCAGAUUGGACUGGCCAUUUAGUCUUGCACUGUCUGUGUUGUGCUGGCUUGAGCUUGCUGGAUGGAGGAGAGUGGUAAAAGUGUGAAGUCUUUUUUCAGUGUGAAGCAUUGGAGCACAUCUCCAGUUUUUCUGAGUUGCCUGGCCUGUUCUGGGUUGUGUGGGGGUGACUUAAGCCUGUUGUCAAAUAGUGUGACUACACUGGAAAGAGAUUCUCCAAGAGUAAUGCCUUUUGAGAUGGCAAAACACAUGAAAGUAUUUACAGGACAAGACUGUUUCACAGGACCGGGUCUUCAAAAUGGUAGCAGAGCAUAGUCCCUGGUGAAGUCAUAAGCCAUCUACCACAUCUGGAGAGUCUGUGCUUCUGUGCAAAGCACUCUGGCCCUGCAGCUGAAAUGUGACACUGACACUAGUAAUUCCUGACAUUCCUGAAUCUGAUGCUAAGAAAUGCUGAGGUCUUGCACAACUGAACCUAUUGUUUAGAAAGAGAACACAAGAAAAGAUAAAAUUGCCACUGGCUUACUGAGGAUUCAUGCUUGUGCCUAAGAGUGGGUACGAUUUCUUUGGUUUUUUCAUCAUGGUGAUGGUGAAAGCCAAGGACCCUUUUGUGUUAGGCAUGCUUUCUUGUUCUCCCACCAAGGCAAAAAUCUGCCAUCCAAGUGAAGACCAGUCUUAUACAUCAUUCUUCAAAUUCUUACUGUCUUCCCCUACACCUUUCCCUCCUGAGUGAACUUGGAAUAAGGAGCAGUAGAGCUGGGAGCAGCACCUGGUGUGGGUGAGCCUCAAGGGGGAAUAUCCUUCUUACUACUUCUGCAGUUGCUGGACCUUAAUAUCUUCUCAGCAGCAGCUAGGAGUCAGCUUUCCCUUGAUUUCUGCUGCCAUGUUCUUUUACUUCCUUAGUGAUGCCUGUAAUCUUGAAAUAUACUCAGUUUUAGUUACUGUCAUUACAGACACAUUGAAUUUACUCUUAGGAAUUCUGUGGGGGCUCCUACAAACGCAGUUACCAGGAAUUGAAGUAAACCAUUAAUGCAGAAAUAUGGAGUUCACUUUAAAAAUGUCUCAACCUCUGAGCAAAUACGGCUGUAUGGAAGCCUGUUUCUCUUGUUAGAUAUUUUCCACCUGUCUGCUGAUUAGCUUCAUUAAACACAGAAGGAACAUAAAUCCAUCAAGUUCAGUAGGAAGUUUCAUGAACAGAUGCACAAUGUGGUUCAUUGGAGCAAUAGAUUAUAGUUCUUGCCAGUGAUAAACAUACCUGCUAAAUACAAGUGUGGAGUGCUUUGUACAAGUGUUCCCAGGUAUACUCUAAUGAAGUCAGAAUCACAGAUCUUUCCAAAGAGGCAACUGCUGUGGGCGAGAGAUGAGUAAGCCCUUUGACUUUUCUGCAAGGUGGUUAUGUUCUCAUCCUCUGCCUUGGAGGCUUUCAAAGAAUAAAUUUAUUCUUUUUGAGAGAA